UUAAAAGUUGCAACAUAAAUUAACAAGGCCACAAGAAAUACAAAGCUCUGGGGUUCAUUUCUAGAGGAAUAGAAUUGAAAAGCAGAGAAUGGAGUUGACCUUAUAGUUUCGGAUUACCUAGCCAUCCAAGACAAAAAGCUACCAGUGUGUCUGCCUCCCAGGGUGGGAAGGGGAUUUCUGUGAACACGGAGUCAAUGAGUGUGCUUCUGAACCUUGUGAAAAUAAUGCGACCUGUGAAGACCUGGUGAAUGGCUACCGCUGCAUGUGUACUCCAGGCUGGCGAGGGUCAACCUGCACAGAGGAUGUCAAUGAAUGCGAUUCCAAUCCCUGUUGGGAUGGUGCCACCUGUUUUGAACCUGCCGUCCCUGGAAAGUUUGAAUGCAUCUGCCCUCCGUUCUUCACUGGUGACCUGUGUGAGCAGCUGUACGAUCCCUGCGACUUCCCCUACAAUCCGUGCAGAAACAAUUCCACUUGCAUUACCCAAAGCAACGGGACUGCUCUCUGCAGCUGUCAACUGGGAUUUGAAGGAGCUCGCUGUGAAAUUGACACCAAUGAGUGCCUCUCCAGUCCCUGCCAGAACAGGGGCCGUUGCUGGGAUGAGGUCAACAGCUACAGAUGUCUCUGUUUGCCGGGAUUCUCUGGAACACAUUGUGAAACAAACAUCAAUGAAUGUUUAUCUGGACCCUGCAGAAAUAAUGCCUCUUGCCUGGAUUUUGAAAAUGAGUCUCAGAUGUGAGGCUAAUAUCAAUGACUGUGCGUCUGCUCCAUGCCAGAAUAAGGGAACCUGCAUUGACGCUAUCAGUGGCUACAGCUGUAUCUGUUUGAAGGGAUUUGCUGGAAUAAACUGUGAACAUAAUGUAGAUGAGUGUGUGUCCAACCCUUGUCUUCAUGGCAUGUCCAUAGGACGGCUGGUCCAUUGCUGCCGCACAGCCAAUGCAUCACCAGAAAAUGCUCUUCUUCUUAGCCUUGCUUUGUCAUGUCAGCAGUCUCCCAAAGUCCUUGACUACCUCUUCUUUGACUCCAUGCUUCCUCUGAACAUCAACAGUUCACACGGGGGCUGGUUCCACAUGAAUAAUUUUGAUAUCCAUCUCUAA